AUGCAACGACGCUCAGGCUCUGGAAAGGGUCUGGCACGCAUCUCCCCUCCCAAUCAGCACCGAUUGACGGGCAUGGGCUCAGAUCCUGCUAAUCACAGUAACAGGUGGAACCAAAGGCGGCUAGGCGUCACCAAUAGAAUAUGGGCCAUCAUCCUCGGAUUCAUCCUACUCGUCGCGGUAUCCCGGUACAUAUCCUUUUCAAACCAUACGCGCGCUGGGUCAUUUACGACAGAAGGCCUUAUACCAAAGAAUUACUUGCAUGAAGCAAACUACCUUAUCGGCAAUUCAUCGAAGGCUGCAAACCCGUUUAACUUUUGUCCUGUGUUUGGGCCUAAGGAUGAGAUUGCGAAUAAGUACGGGGUGGUUCCGUUGGCGCAGAGUCGGUUGCAUUUGGGGAGUGGGGGGAGGGUGCACCGGGUUAUUCAUAAAGCGCUUUUGGGUCAACCUGUGACUAUCAGUGUGCUUGGUGGUUCUGUAUCUGCUUGUCAUGCGGCAGGGGAUGAUCCAUUGUCUCCUAGCUGCUAUCCUUCACGCUUUUUCCAGUGGUGGUCGAGCGUUUUCCCUCAUCCGGCUUCAGAGCUUACAAACGGUGCUAUGAGGCGAACAAACUCAGGGUACUUUGGAUUCUGUAGCUCGCAUCAUAUCCCAGAGAACACCGACUUGGUGAUACUCGAAUUUGACGUCGACGAUGAGGGCACCCGGCGUGGGAUGGAACAUUUCGAGUUGCUGGUUCGCUCAAUAUUGGACCGCCCUGAUCAACCUGCAGUCAUCAUUCUGGGGCAUUUUAGUGCACAGAUACACCAGGCAUACGGAUUUGCAGGACCUGACCACUGGCACAACAUCGUCGCACAGUUCUAUGACGUGCCACAUAUCAGCAUCAAACCCAUACUAUAUCCGUCUUACAUGUCAAACCCUGACCACAUCAAGCCUUACUUCGCGGAUCCCAUCCUUGCGACUCCGACAGGCCAUGAACUUCUCACCGACGUUCUCGUAUCGUACUUCCAAUCUCAGAUAUGUGCCGCGUGGUCAACGGCGGGUGGCCACUCGUACGAGACCAUUCCUAUCAUGAUGUCACAUGGCUACCUCCCAGGUGCAGAUACACAUCUCUUUGGAGGCGUCGGCGCAAGGAAGGGUGCUGCAGUGCCUGAACCACCACGCCCUCUCUUGCCCAAGCAGGAUCUCAGCCCGUACCAAUCUACCCCGAACUGCGAAUUCCCUCCUGUUCGAAUUAAUACGCGCCCCAAAGAGUCGCGGCCAUUCGAAGAGGUUGCGCCGUUUUGUGCGUCUGCUAAUGAUCUUGUGAACCCCGUACCUCCGUCGCUUUUCUACGGGUCUGGUUGGGCAGCGGCACACCCUCCGGCAGGGUCCUCUCCUUUGCUUACGACUGGAUAUUAUUGGUAUAGCACGCUUCCCACGAGCAGGUUGCGCGUACCUAUCAAAGUAGGCGCUGGAGAUGUCGGGAUUUAUUAUUUGAAGGAGCCUAUAAGCCAGAUCGGGGAGGGAAGUGAGAUUGAAUGUUGGGUGGAUGAUAAUUUUGCAGGUGCGGUGAUCAUAGAAAAUGCAGGAGACGUUAAUGGUGGGGUACCGACUCUUGCGGUGAUUGAUCAAUUUGUCACGCGAGGAUCGCACUUUGUCGACUGUGUUGUACUUGGAGAUGAGGGACAAAGUGUUCCUCCUUUCAAAAUCAUCGGCGUAUUCGCGACUUAG